UUAUAUUUAUUGCUUGACAGUCAUUGGAAACUAGAUUCUGCUUCAUCUGAGUUCAUCCAACAGUCGCAUUAGUCGCAGUGAGCUGCGACUAUUGCAGGAGGCCUCCACUGUCCACAAAAGCUUAGCCUGGUCACUGUCUUUCUGUGCAACUACACUCCAAAGAAGUUUCACAUUCUCCCCUUUUCUUGGAUUAUCCCUGGUAGAUAACAGAACAGAAUGAGAAGUUGUAAACGAUGACACUGAUUUUCUGUGCUGUGUUAGAAUUCUUAUUCUGCCUGUAGUUUCAUGAAUACAGGCAGAAAGAAGCAUGGCCAGUCUGUGCUGGUCAUGCUUCCAAAUGUUGAAUUAAGGUCAACAGCCAUCUGGUUUGGAUUGGCUCGUUUCUUUUUGCAGUGGAGGAUGGUUGCUUAUAGUGCAGGUAAUUUAUGGUAAGCUUCAUAUUUACCAUUCUGGGACAUUGCAUACAUUGAAGACAAACAAUUUUUUUCAACUGGUUAAAAUGUAUUUGUGUCUCAAUAGAGAGGACAAAGCAAAUAGUGGCGGCGGUGAGGUUUUGAGUGAGGUUUUGGCGUUUGUGGAUAAAAGCUGUGGGCACAGCAUUUGUUUUUAGUUUGUUAAGGUGACCAUCACCUGCUGGAGCUUUCGUCAGUUUUUCUCACAUGAAUGACUCAAAGUCUUCUGGCGAGAAACGCUCAAAUAGGUCCUUCAGAAGUUGUGUUCAGCUCUCUUCCACUGAGCUCUUUCCAUGUGGGAAGUGAUCCAGAUUCACUUUUUGGAAGAAAAAAAAAUAGUCUAAAAUUGACAAAGUGUAAUGUUUGCUGUUCCCCAAGUAACUGGUUAUCGUGUUAUGCUUUCAUCAUCUAAAGCUGAUGUAAUCCCACCCUCCAUCGUCCUCAGCCAGGACUUUCUCAAUUAUUUUAGGCUGCUUUUCAUCACAGACAAAAUAUUUAGAUUCCUUGUGUCUAGAUAUUUAGAUUACUACAGUUUUCCUGUGGUACUCAGUGCUCAGUCUGUUGCUGCAGAGGAUGACUUGGUUUGAAAAGAGGAAGUAUCUGUGUGAUGGACUGCAGUCUGAACCGUCAGUCCUCUGGGACUGGAAAAGUAAACCACAUGGAGGAUGUGAGCACUUCCCCCAAUGCCUCUUGUUCUCUGAAUGUGCUUCUGCUGCAAUGGCAUGUUCUACAUGUUUCGUCAUGUCUUUGCAACAGACUGAAUCUCAUAUUAAAUUUACAUUGAGGGAAUUUGUAUCAAGAAAUAACUAAAAUUAUUCAAGAACUGUUCUUCUUGUAUUUUCAUUCUCAUUUCUUUGUGCUUGAUGUUGGUUCUGUCAGAAGAACAUGGAAGACAUCACACAAUAACAGUACUCACCCUGAUAUCACAGCUGAAAAGGAAAACCUAUGAAUAGGAAUAAUUAACUCCAACGAUUGUGAUUUCUGUUAGUACGAGCACAGCAGAUUCUUCUGCUCAGGGCAGAAGAAUUCAGGGUUGAAGUGAGCAAAGGAGGAGCGUGACAACAGACCACCAAAGGGAGGAGCACAAACUGGUUUGGCAGAUGAAUCUCUGACAAACAACAGAGCAGGAAGUAGCUGAUCGAGGUUUGGUUGGACUUUUCUCUGGGAUUGUUUUGGAUAGCUCCUGGAUUCUAAUACCAUGGAUAACUUCCAGACAGUUCUGCGUUUCUUCAUGAACCAAAAAGCCACCAUUGGUUACAGUUUUAUGGCACUCCUCACUAUAGGUGGGGAACGAGUUUUUUCCAUGGUUUCAUUUCAGUGCCCAUGUAACCAUGAGCAGAAUUUCACAUAUGGGCUGACUUUUCUGCUUGGUCCAGCUGCAGUGCUUUUUGUUUUUGGUCUGUUCUUCAGCAGCAGGCUCUGGAGGCUCUACACUGGCUGCUGUCUUAACCCCAUGAAGCUUUGUCCUCGCGGAAACUGCCUUGGCUGUUUCAGGGUGUUGUUGAGCAUUAUUACUGGUGCUUGUGUGGCCCCUGUUAUGUGGCUGUGCGUGGCCUUGCUCAAUGGGACCUUUUAUGAAUGUGCCAUCAGCGGUCUGGAUGAUAACCUGGUUGUGAAUCUGUUUUGUAAAAACAAGACGUUGCAGUGUCGGGAGCAGCUGGCCCUGGUUCCCUGUAGUAACUCUAAACUUUCCAGUGAUGAACGGAUGAAGCUGCUGCUGAUGUUCAGGGCUCAGUCACAAAUUUUGGGAUGGAGUGUCAUAAUGGUUGCUGCCAUUGUAGGUCUUUUGGGCACUUGCUGCAAAAAUUGCCGUUCCCAGGUCAGCUACCUGCAGCUUACGUUCUGGAAGCAUUAUAUUGAGAAAGAGAAGGAGCGUUUUGAUGCCUUCACUGUGAACUAUGCAACAAAGUUGGCUGAGAGAAACUUGCAGAGCUUUUUUGAGAACAAAGAACCUGAUCCCAUGCCAUUUCCAAACCACAAGGCAUGGGAGGAGAUCUCUGCCUACUACACUUUCUCCAGGAGUGAACAGUAUUACAGUACGCUGCAGCGCUACGUAGAGCGGACAGACAGGGAUUUCGCACCAGAAAAUCGACCCGUUCUGGACAUGGAGCAUGGGAUAGAGAUGACCUGAACAACCACUGAAGAGAAAAACUAAAGUCUGCUAACAAAAUGGAUAUUAAAGACACUCGUACAAUUUACUGAUGGUAUUUAACUUUGGCUAAUUUACUCGAUCAUUUUCCACAACCAGCUACAGUCAACAACAAAUAAGGAGUAAAUAUCACUGACUGUGCCUUGCUUGAGAGUCUAAAUGGUCAUUUAACUAUUUAUGUAUAUAUUUCUAAAAAAAAAAAAAAAAA